UAUGGUAGCAUCGCGCCCCCACUGCACUAUUUAUUAGCGAAAAAUAGAAAAAAAGGAAAUAAAAUUGAAAAGAUUUGUGUCGUUGCUCUCUCAAAUUGGCUCCACUUCUCUGCCCUUUUCUCCAAUUUCAGCAACACUGCUUCGUUCAUCAAAAGGGAUUUUCAGGAAUGAUGGCAUCGAAUGAAGCUUCCACCAGCACUGAGCUAAUCAGCACUCUACUGAGAUGCCGAGCCGAGGUGGUACUUGAUAUAAUUGCCGCUGUAAAAGGAUUGCAUGAGCUCAGCCCACAACAGAUCAGCAAAUUAAUCAAGGAUUCUGGGAACAAUGUUGUUCGGCACAUUGCUGAAGAUGGAUCACAUAUACAGGUUGACUUGGAAAAGUUUGCGAGGUAUCUUCCCCUUCACCUAAUUGCAGUGAUUAUGGAUUGGGAGAGGGACAGGUCAACAUUCAAGUACUUGUUAUGUGGAGUUCUUCUAUUGCAUUCCAUGUGUGAUCUUGCAUCUCGGGUGCCCAAAAUUGAGCAGAUAUUGCUCGAUGACGUGAAAGUAUCAGAACAGCUAAUUGACUUGGUCUUUUAUUUGCUAGUUCUCCUAGGUGCAUACAGACAGGAAUAUCACAACACUCCAAAUGAGAUGGUUCUCUUGCACUCAGCCUUGGUUGCCUGCGGUCUAAAAUUGCUAACGGUGAUUGUUUCCCAACAGUACCAAGAGGUUGCUCAAGUUUUGGUUGCAUAUUACAAGGUUGACAUAUUUAUGGAUGCAGUAUUCUCUGCUGUUUGUAUAGAUGUUAAAUUUCUGCAGACCAAGCUGUCUGCUGAACAGGCCGAGUCCUCUGCAAACACUUCCCCUACUGCUGAAGAGACCUUGAAUCAUCUUUGCCAGCAGUGUGAUUCUUCUCUGCAGUUUCUUCAGUCUUUGUGCCAGCAGAAGUUGUUCCGUGAAUGCAUUGUUAAGAAUAAGGAGUUGUGUGGCAAUGGAGGUGUUCUUGUACUCAUUCAGGCUGUUAUGAAAUUAAACCUAUCACCCUUGCGCAGUGCAUCCUCGUAUACAAUUUCGGUCUCUCGGCUGAAGUCUAAAGCUUUAUCUAUUCUCUUGUAUCUCUGUGAAGCAGAGGGUGUCUCCUACUUGGACGAGGUUGCAAACAACCGUGGAAGUCAGAACUUGGCAAAGUCUAUUGUGUUACAGGUUCUUGAAUUACUGAAGAAAAUGUUUGGUAUAGAUUCUAAUCAGUUAACUGCUUCCUCUGAGAUCAUUUAUCCAAAGGGGCAGCUGGAACUUAAUGCAAUGCUUCUGGCAGACGUCUUCUCUGAUGAUUCUAAUUUUCGACCGUUCAUCGUGAUAAACUUUACUGAAGCUUUGGCGGCAAUCUUUUUACUUCCGCCUGGAGAGUUUUUAUCUGGUUGGUGUUCAUCUUAUCUUCCAGUUUGUGAAGACGAUGCAAUUUCGGAUGUAUCUCAGGAAUCCUAUGCCCAUCAAAGAACAUCUUUAUUGAUUAAAGUGAUAGCAAACCUUCAUUGUUUUGUUCCGGAUGUAUGCCGAGAUGAGAAGGAUCUCUUUCUCAACAAGUUCUUUCGGUUCGUACAGCAGGAAUCGCAGAAAUCGUCAGAUGGGUCCUUAUCUACUUCUGAAUCUGAAAAAACUGCAACCGUUAGCAAGAAUUUAUGUUCACUGUUAAGUCAUGCAGAAUCCUUAGUUCCCCGAUCUUUAAACGAAGAUGAUGUGCAGCUUCUAAGGUUAUUUAUCAGUCAGUUUGAAUCUCUGAUUGUUCCUGCUGCAUCUGAAGACCGUCUAGUCCAAGAUUCUCAACAUAAAGGCGUGCCCAAAGAAGUAGAUCGUGGCUAUAGUGACAGCAACGCGGAAAAGCGCACUCUGGAAAAUGUUGCCCUCCAAGAAAACCAUUUGGAUGCCAGCAGAAAUCGGAAUAGUCAAUGUUUUGAUGGGGAAAGGAAAUAUGGGAUGGUGGAGCAGUGUACAUCCAAUGGGGACAACAUAAAUUUUAGAGAAUUUGAGCGAGAUUCUCGGACUGUUGAAACUAGUGGGACGGAUUCCAGUCCCACACGAGGAAAGAACAGUAGUGAUCUGAUGGAUGUCGAUCACGUCAAAGGAAGUGGCUUUGAAGAAACUAUGGAGGAUGAAAAGGCGGAUGCUAUGUACUCUGAUGAGAAGCAGCAAAGGAAACGUAAGAGAACAAUAAUGAAUGAUAGACAGAUAGCACUCAUCGAAUCCGCACUUGUAGAUGAACCUGAUAUGCACCGUAACUUAACAUCACUACGAAAUUGGGCUGACAGGUUAAGUCUUCAGGGUGCUGAGGUUACAACUUCCCGGCUUAAGAAUUGGCUCAACAACCGAAAAGCUAGGCUGGCCCGUGUAGCCAAGGAUGUCCGUGUACCAUAUGAAGGGGAUAAAAAUCUCAACAGACAAGGCGGAUCUGGAAACCUGGAAUCACCCCUCAGUCUUACCGAUGAUGUUCCUGCUCCUUCGGCUGAAAGAGAGAGUCUAACGAAUGAUGUUCUAGAUGCUGCAUUGACAGGUAAUGUUGAUGAGGAUAUGGGGACUUCAGUUGCUGCACCUAGAGAUAAUAUUGUAAGAACAGAUACGGAUUUCGAGGCAGGACAAUAUGUAAUACUUGUUGGUGAGAAAGCAGAGACAAUUGGUAAGGCUAAGGUGUUUCAGAUUGGUGGAAACUGGUGUAGCAGUGAUUUGGAUGUAUCGGGUUUGUGCGUUGUGGAUAUUAUGGAACUUUUGAUUGAUAGGUAUGCACAGCUUCCCCAUCCCGUCGAUGCCACUGGCUACUCAUUUGAUCAGGCUAAGAGAAGACUUGGGAGAAUGCUUGUAUUGUGGGACUUGAAUAAACUUUGUCGAUUAAUCUGAUAGAAGUGUCGAUCGAAGGUGAAGGCAGUGAGUUGGACAGGAAUACAAGACGAUGGUUAUCGGGUAUGGCUGUAAAGUAGUGAACUAUUUGGCCUGUUAUUGUUGCCAAGUGCAACGUGGUAAUUAGCUGAUGAAAUGUUGAAAAAGGCCGAUUUCAUGUGUCAAGUGGAUCUGCUGCAGUGAGGCCUUCUCUGUACAACCAGAGAAUGGAAAUUAAGGGACAGUUUGUUAAUCCAUGGCAUCUAACUUGAAUUGUAAUAUUAGAAUAGUUUAUUUCGAAGAGGUUAUUAGUUAAUCAAUGAAUGGUUCAUUUAAUAUUUUAUUGAUUUUAUAGGAGUUCUGUAUUUUAGUUACC